UCGUACUUGCAGGUUAUAUCAUGGAUGGCGCUAGUAUUGAUCCGGGGCCUACUGACGGCUCCAUACUUGUGCUACAGAAACAGCACCAUUCUCGUGCUGUAUGGGAAGGCUAUGGGGAUUCUAAAGUUGAAAAUGCCACGUUGAUAUGUCGUCGCAAUGAUAACAAUUUACAACUAUUGGAGCGGCCUUCACCCCGCAUUGUUGAGUUAAUAUACCAAGCUGGUUUUGGUGGAAUUUUGGAGAUGCCGUUUAUAACUUUGGACCGUGCUUUCAUCACCGCACUCAUUGAGCGUUGGCGGCCAGAGACUCACACAUUCCAUUUGCGUUCAGGCGAGUCCACUGUAACCCUACAGGAUGUGGAAAUAAUUACCGGUCUCGCAGUUGAUGGUAGACCGGUUACUGGGGACUCAAGAUUUGACAAAGAUAAGAAAAAAGAAUUAUGCGAACGUCUACUAGGGUUGGAUCCACCGGGAGAAGUUAUGAGUGGGUUUAAGGUUAGUUUGAAAUGGUUGCGUGAUAACUUUAACGGAAAGGUCGAGGAGGGAGAUGACGAAGUCACGGUAUUGAGGAAAGCUCGGGGUUACAUUCUACAACUUAUAGGUGGCAUAGUUUUGCCGGACCAAUCUAGUUCCCAUGUCCACCUAUACUUCUUGUCUUUGCUUGAUGACCUUCAACUUGCUGGUACUUACAGUUGGGGGAGCGCUUGCCUAGCCACCCUUUACCAUUACCUAGACUUUGGCUCUACUGUUGGAUCAAAAGACUUGGGGGGGAUGUUCAUACUCUUGCAAGUUUGGGGAUGGGAGCGCUUUCCUUUCCUUGCCCCCGCACGUAAUGGGAAGCGGGUCAUUCGUCGUGAUUCUCCUCUUAGUGGACGGUGGGACGAUGAAUUUCACUCACCGAAUUUGCCGACCCAUGUUGUUGGACAUUACCGGUUCUCUUUAGACGUGCAGAGGCCAGACGAGGUGGUGUGGCAGCCGUACACUGAGGACUUGAUCCAAUCUUUGCCAAGAUUUUGUAGUGCUGGAAGAGGUGUUUGGAUGGCAAGUGUCCCACUCAUUCAGUUCUCUCAUGUUGAGCAGCACCAGCCAGAGCGGGUGUUGCUUCAGUUUGGAGGGAGACAAACCAUCCCCCCCCCCCUCUAAGUCUCUAGGGGAGUUUCACGGUAUGGAUCUUAGGAAUGGUGUGAAGAAUUGGAGCAAGCCGAUACGUUUGUGGAAUGAUAGGGCCAACAGUAUUGUAAACAUUACCAAUCCUGACAUGCUUGUCUACCCCGCUAACGACCCGUACCUAGAUUGGUACGAAAGGAUUACCUUACGUUUUGUUAGUAAGAUGGGUGCAGCUAAAAACAUAGCGAUGCAAUUGUUUGAGAGGCUUUCUAUGCCAAACCUCUCUGCUGAGACGGUUCAGGCAAUGGCACAGAAAGGAGUCGAGUGCUUGAAAUUCCAAGAGAAGUUAUUCCGAAAGAUAGCUCCUGAGCAUAAGAUAUGGGAUCC